AUGGGCCGCCGUGCGCCUGGCCUUCGAUCGCUUCCGUCGGGUCGUGGAAGGCGGCCGCUGUGGCGGUCGACGCUUCAGACGACGGCGGUGCAGGAACAGGGUGCGCCCGGCGUCCAGCUGGAGCAGAUGUUGCAGACACCGCUUCCGCAGGAGAAGAUCUUGCAACUCACCGAGACGCAUCAGCGGCUUCGGAAAGAGCUGCAUCUCACGGGCGGGCCUCUUGAAGGCGACGCGACGCCUUGCGCAAGAGGCACCUGGGCCAGGGAUUCCAACGACAAAACCUCGGAGUUCACUGGUAAGGAUCCCAAGGUGGGCAGCGACGUUUCGAUGGUCAACGCCGUGGAACUCGCUGGAUCGCCGUCGCGCAUCGUCUUCGUGGAUCAGAAGGUUGCCUCGGAGCUCUUACGUCGCAUCAUUCCAAGCAGCCGCUACGGAGGAGCCAGGCGACAGAAAGUUCGCCGUGUGAGAGCACAGCUCCAGCACAGCCUCGAAGCCAGCUUUCGAGAUGCCAUGGCGAAGCCGCCUGCGGUACUGCGCCUGUCUCAGGACUCUCGCCUGCUUCUGCGUGCCGAUGACGGAACAGGCGUUGAGGCGACACUCUGCGGAUCACCAGAGCAAUUGGAAGACUUUUGGAAGGCCGUAGCCAUUCACCAGAGUUUUUUCGAGGUGCUCCCAAACCGCCGGAAAGCCAACACGGAGCUGCCAUAUCCAGUCUUCAUUUGCUCCAAAGGACGUGCCUCUAGUGGUUUCCUCAAUUGGCGCACGGAGCACUGCUUGGGGUCAGACUCCUCAGGUGCCUGCCUCCCUAGAGCUUCCUGGGGAUCUGCAGGAGAGUUGAUAUCUCGCAACCUAAAACGCUCACUGUUCCUGCGCUUUUUUUGUACAUAAAAUUACGACAUAAAUAUAUGUAAAUUGUAAUAUACAGAUGGAAACAAGGGAAACUCUGAUCAUUAGGAGAAUUUUGGAGUAACCGAAAAUGCUGACCAAGCCUG